UUAGUUCUCCCCUAUUUCACUGCAUCUAAAGUUCUACACCCCUCUUUCUCGAUAUCCAUAACCCUAAAAUACCUAACUUUUUCAUUCUCUUGACCUUCUCCCUCUUGGCUUAUCAAAUUCUCGUCCGUAUGUUUCUAAUUUUGCUAAUAAUUAUACCUAUUGUUGUUGAAUUUCUUUCCAAAUUCCAUUUUUAUGAUUAUUAUCCAAACUUUUUUUUUUUUUUCUGAAUUGUUCUGCUUUAGCUUUUAAUGUUUCAAUUUUCAAUCCAAAAUUAUUGAGUGAUUUGUUCCAAAUUUCGAAAAUCGCCUAAAUUUGGUAAAUUUGUUUAUCCAACUUGAUUCUGGCGAUGCCGGACGGAGGAGAUGAAGCUGGGAUGAGGAUGUCGGACAGCGAAAGUUCAUACGAUGAAAAAUGGGACAGCAUGUGGGAAAACGAAAGUUCAGAUGAUGAAGCUGGGAAGACGUUGUCGGACAACGGAAGUCCAGGCGAUGAAUCAUACACUAUUAAAGGGAAAAGCUUGUAUACCAACAUAAGGGUUAUGAGCGACCUUAAUGAAGUCACUAUUGAUGAGCAUUUGGAAGCAAUUGAGGAAGCUGCAUUAAAAGAGUUAAUCUUAGAUAGUUGCGGAAAUUUUCUGGUUGGUUGCAAGCAAUUACCUGGUCUACUUUAUGAUAGUCUGAUUGAAGGACUUGCCACUCUUGUUCACCUGUUGUAUGACAAGGAGGAUUUUUAUCGGAUGGGUAGUUCUCGCAUGGUUAUUGAUCAACAAAACAAGUUUUGGGAAGAACUUGCACCUGUAGGAGAGAAGAUUAUGUAUUUUUUGCAGAAUGAAUCAGUUUUAGAGUUUUGCAAGUGCAUUUUCUAUAAAAAGGUUGACCGGGAAAGAUACUCUUUGUUGACCGAACGUGAUCUUAGCAGAAUGGUUUUGCAUUAUAGCAGUUUGUCAUAUCAGAAGCCUUAUAUGUAUUACCGUGUUGAGGAAAAUAUGAAGAGUACUAUUCAUGAUGACAUUCUGAAAGCAAUCAGAAAAGUAAAGCUUUGUCCAAGAUUAUCGCGGUGGCGGCUAAUGGAAGAUUGGUUAGGCAGACUUUGGUGGGAUUCUAGCUUAGCUACAGUGGGAUGGGAGAAUGAUUGUAAAUUGGAAGGACAACUUCUCCAACCAAUACUUUAUUAUCUUACACUAUUAAAUUCACUCCAUAUAAUACCAUAAUAUAUGUGGAUAUCAUAGCCUGAAACUUGCUUGAAGAAAAAGAAUAUAUAUUUCAAGUCAAAUGCUAUUCCCUCCGUCCCUAAUUCUUUAUCCUAUUUCCCUUUAAAGACUGUCCUAAAUUCUUUGCUCCAUCUCUUUAUACAAAAAAAUUUCUCCCUACUUCUUUACACAUGGUGGGGCCAUACCAACCCCCUUACACUUUUCUCUCUUCUUUUCCUCCAUAUUCGUUUGUGUGCAUAGCCCACAAGGAGCAAAAAAAUAGGGACUGAGGGAGUCGUUUCUUAGUUGUAAAUAUAAUAAUAUUCUAAAUCCUAAUAAAAUGUUUUUGAUAGUUUGAUUGAAA